AUGGGCGCACGGGGAUGGGCGCACGGGGAUGGGCGCACGGGGAUGGGCGCACGGGGAUGGGCGCACGGGGAUGGGCGCACGGGGAUGGGCGCACGGGGAUGGGCGCACGGGGAUGGGCGCACGGGGAUGGGCGCACGGGGAUGGGCGCACGGGGAUGGGCGCACAGGGAUGGGAACACAGGGAUGGGCGCACAGGGAUGGGCGCACAGGGAUGGGCGCACAGGGAUGGGCGCACAGGGAUGAGCGCAGAGGGAUGGGCGCACAGGGAUGGGAACACAGGGAUGGGAACACAGGGAUGGGCGCACAGGGAUGGGCGCACAGGGAUGGGCGCACAGGGAUGGGCGCACAGGGAUGGGCGCACAGGGAUGGGCGCACAGGGAUGGGCGCACGGGGAUGGGCGCACGGGGAUGGGCGCACGGGGAUGGGCGCACAGGGAUGGGCGCACGGGGAUGGGCGCACGGGGAUGGGCGCACGGGGAUGGGCGCACGGGGAUGGGCGCACGGGGAUGGGCGCACGGGGAUGGGCGCACAGGGAUGGGCGCACGGGGAUGGGCGCACGGGGAUGGGCGCACAGGGAUGGGCGCACAGGGAUGGGCGCACAGGGAUGGGAACACAGGGAUGGGCGCACGGGGAUGGGCGCACGGGGAUGGGCGCACGGGGAUGGGCGCACGGGGAUGGGCGCACAGGGAUGGGCGCGCGGGGAUGGGCGCACGGGGAUGGGCGCACGGGGAUGGGCGCACAGGGAUGGGCGCACAGGGAUGGGCGCACAGGGAUGGGCGCACAGGGAUGGGCGCACAGGGAUGGGCGCACAGGGAUGGGCGCACAGGGAUGGGCGCACAGGGAUGGGCGCACGGGGAUGGGCGCACAGGGAUGGGCGCACAGGGAUGGGCGCACAGGGAUGGGCGCACAGGGAUGGGCGCACAGGGAUGGGCGCACGGGGAUGGGCGCACGGGGAUGCGCGCACGGGGAUGGGCGCACAGGGAUGGGCGCACGGGGAUGGGCGCACGGGGAUGGGCGCACGGGGAUGGGCGCACGGGGAUGGGCGCACAGGGAUGGGCGCACGGGGAUGGGCGCACGGGGAUGGGCGCACAGGGAUGGGCGCACAGGGAUGGGCGCACAGGGAUGGGAACACAGGGAUGGGCGCACGGGGAUGGGCGCACGGGGAUGGGCGCACGGGGAUGGGCGCACGGGGAUGGGCGCACAGGGAUGGGCGCGCGGGGAUGGGCGCACGGGGAUGGGCGCACGGGGAUGGGCGCACAGGGAUGGGCGCACAGGGAUGGGCGCACAGGGAUGGGCGCACAGGGAUGGGCGCACAGGGAUGGGCGCACAGGGAUGGGCGCACAGGGAUGGGCGCACAGGGAUGGGCGCACGGGGAUGGGCGCACAGGGAUGGGCGCACAGGGAUGGGCGCACAGGGAUGGGCGCACAGGGAUGGGCGCACAGGGAUGGGCGCACGGGGAUGGGCGCACGGGGAUGGGCGCACGGGGAUGGGCGCACAGGGAUGGGCGCACGGGGAUGGGCGCACGGGGAUGGGCGCACGGGGAUGGGCGCACGGGGAUGGGCGCACGGGGAUGGGCGCACGGGGAUGGGCGCACGGGGAUGGGCGCACGGGGAUGGGCGCACGGGGAUGGGCGCACGGGGAUGGGCGCACAGGGAUGGGAACACAGGGAUGGGCGCACAGGGAUGGGCGCACAGGGAUGGGCGCACAGGGAUGGGCGCACAGGGAUGAGCGCAGAGGGAUGGGCGCACAGGGAUGGGAACACAGGGAUGGGAACACAGGGAUGGGCGCACAGGGAUGGGCGCACAGGGAUGGGCGCACAGGGAUGGGCGCACAGGGAUGGGCGCACAGGGAUGGGCGCACAGGGAUGGGCGCACGGGGAUGGGCGCACGGGGAUGGGCGCACGGGGAUGGGCGCACAGGGAUGGGCGCACGGGGAUGGGCGCACGGGGAUGGGCGCACGGGGAUGGGCGCACGGGGAUGGGCGCACGGGGAUGGGCGCACGGGGAUGGGCGCACAGGGAUGGGCGCACGGGGAUGGGCGCACGGGGAUGGGCGCACAGGGAUGGGCGCACAGGGAUGGGCGCACAGGGAUGGGAACACAGGGAUGGGCGCACGGGGAUGGGCGCACGGGGAUGGGCGCACGGGGAUGGGCGCACGGGGAUGGGCGCACAGGGAUGGGCGCGCGGGGAUGGGCGCACGGGGAUGGGCGCACGGGGAUGGGCGCACAGGGAUGGGCGCACAGGGAUGGGCGCACAGGGAUGGGCGCACAGGGAUGGGCGCACAGGGAUGGGCGCACAGGGAUGGGCGCACAGGGAUGGGCGCACAGGGAUGGGCGCACGGGGAUGGGCGCACAGGGAUGGGCGCACAGGGAUGGGCGCACAGGGAUGGGCGCACAGGGAUGGGCGCACGGGGAUGGGCGCACGGGGAUGGGCGCACGGGGAUGGGCGCACGGGGAUGGGCGCACGGGGAUGGGCGCACGGGGAUGGGAACACAGGGAUGGGCGCACAGGGAUGGGCGCACAGGGAUGGGCGCACAGGGAUGGGCGCACAGGGAUGGGCGCACAGGGAUGAGCGCAGAGGGAUGGGCGCACAGGGAUGGGAACACAGGGAUGGGAACACAGGGAUGGGCGCACAGGGAUGGGCGCACAGGGAUGGGCGCACAGGGAUGGGCGCACAGGGAUGGGCGCACGGGGAUGGGCGCACGGGGAUGGGCGCACAGGGAUGGGCGCACAGGGAUGGGCGCACAGGGAUGGGCGCACAGGGAUGGGCGCACAGGGAUGGGCGCACAGGGAUGGGCGCACAGGGAUGGGAACACAGGGAUGGGAACACAGGGAUGGGCGCACAGGGAUGGGCGCACAGGGAUGGGCGCACAGGGAUGGGCGCACAGGGAUGGGCGCACAGGGAUGUGUUUAGGAGGGUUAGCAGUGCAGUCUGACCAGUGCUGUCUGACCUGUGCAGAACCUGUGCUGGCGAAAUGCUAA